AUUUGUUUCUUUACAAAUCAAGGAGGCAUUGCUAAAGGAAAAACAAAUCUGGACGAUUUUAAACAGAAAAUUAAAAAAAUAUUAACAAGAUUGGGAGUGCCGGUUCAAGUCUUUAUUGCAAUUUCGGAUGGAUACUACCGGAAGCCAUUACCAGGAAUGUGGGAAUAUUUACAAAAAAAUAAAAACUCAAACAAAGAUAUUAUUAUUGAAAAAUGUUUUUAUGUUGGAGAUGCCGCCGGUCGUCCAGAAACUGGUACUGGAGUUGGAAAAAGAAGAAAGGACCAUUCACUAGCUGAUAGAUUAUUUGCAGCUAAUAUUAAUGUAACAUUUUAUACGCCAGAAGAACAUUUUCUUGGUCAUAAAACUGAACAAUGGAUUAAACAAGAUUUUGUACCCAAGGAAGCGUUUAAAAUAUUACCUUUGUUUGAGCCUGAAGAAACAAAGAUUGGUGUUGCGAAGUGUGAAAUAAUUAUAAUGGUUGGUUUACCUGGAUCAGGUAAAAGUCAUUUUUCUCAUAAACAUUUACUUCCACAUGGAUAUGUUUUAGCAAAUGCUGACACAUUGGGUAGUACAGCCGCUUGUUUGAAAGCGUGUGAAAAUGCACUUAAACAAGCCAAAUCGUGUGUAGUGGACAACACAAAUGUCGACGUCGAGUCACGGAAAAAAUUUAUUGCUUUAGCAAAAAAUGCAAACGUGCCAUGUCGUUGCUUCUUGAUGAAUGUCUCAUUAACUCAAAUACGACAUAACAUUGUCUUUAGACAAUUAACUGACAGUUCGCACUCAAAAAUUAAUGAUAUGGUUUUCAAUAUGAUGAAAAAAAAAUUUAAACCACCAACAUUGAACGAAGGAUUAACGGAUAUUGUAAAGGUUAACUUAAAACCAGAAUUUAAUGAUGCUGAAAAUGAAAGAAUAUAUAAAUUAUUUUUGUUAGAAAAGUAAUUUAUUAAACUUUAUA